AUGGACACACAUUGGAAAGCUGAGCAGAGCAGCUUCUUGCAAAAGCAAAUAGAACGACAGAAGAAGAACGCAUUGUUCGUGAUUCUCUUUGUGGUGUGUUGCUUGAAUGAUGCGUUGUUUCUUGACAGGGCGUCGGGAAAAGCGAUCGAGCCGAGGCGAUCCAAAGUUGAAUUCCCUGGGCCUUACACUCGCGAUCCUGCUGCUCUGUUUUCUUUCUUUGAGAUCACUGAUUACAAGAUAUUUCCUGCUCCGAUGAACAAAUCAAAUUACCACGAUGGGCGUCAACCUGUGCGGUACAAGAAGGUCUCGUUAACAAGGAAAGUUGGAGAUCAUAAUGAGAAGACGAAGUUUGAUAUUGCACUGGUGGAUUGGCUGAAUGGGCAGCUCUACCGAACAGAAAACGAUUACAGAAAUCAGAUGGCUGCAUUCAAUAAGAGCUAUCGGAUCCCUGACACCAAGCAGAAGGCCUGGAGCAACGAGUCGUACCUCCGCGAGGUGAUCGAGUUCCUGCGACGAGGUCACUCGCUGCUCGACCCUGAGUGUCGAUGCGUUCACACCUACGAUGAGAAGCGGGCAAAGGAGUUAGGCAUCUCGCUACCUCGCUUCAGGAUGGGAGAUGCCGAGGACAAGGAGUCUUUCAGGGACGGAAAAUGCACUCUCAGCAGAGUUCGCAAGGAAUGUACGAGUCAGGAAAUCUCAAACGAAAUCUGCGUCGGCGAUCUUCACUCGAUCGUGGACCCGGAAGGGCGAGCUCUUUUCGACACUCUUCGAAACAACAAAUUUAUCUCGUGCGAGCUGUCGGAGUCGGGCGAGUACGUCUGGUCGUACAAGGCGAUGCUGGAGCUGUCGAAUCGGCAAAACCUGUUGGAAGUGAUCCUCAACACUCCCUGCGGCAUGAAGGAGCCGUCAGAGAACGAUGCCUACAACGGGGUUGAGGGAGAUGUCAAGUCGCUCAAGGAGAGCCAUGAGAUCUACGCGAUCCAGAACGCAGAGUCGCGCAACACUCUUUUGUUUCCUCGUCACAAGCACCUUGAGAUCCAGGUCGAUGAUGACAUCAAGAAGCUGUGGGAGGAGAACGAGCCGCGGAACCAGCUCACGCAGGAGGAGCAGGAGCACCAGCUGAAGCAGGAGGGUCUCAUCCCCACGAAGCAGGAGAAGGCGCAGAAGCUAACGGGAGUCAAGAGGAAGGCGACGGUGACGAGGAGAAAGUCAGCCAAGAAGAUGCACCAACACGCUCACUUGCUCCUUCCCAAAAGCUGA